UCUUCUUCUUUUCCUCACCAUUCACAUUUUCCUCCACCUCUCAAUUGAGCUAUUCAUUCAAUAUCAAUGGCUCUUUUGAAACUCCUCCUUGUUGGAUUUCUCUCUCUAGCAUCAUGUGUCUAUUGUUCCAAUGAUGGUUGGAUUGAUGCUCAUGCUACCUUCUAUGGAGGAGGUGAUGCCUCUGGCACAAUGGGUGGAGCAUGUGGAUAUGGGAACUUGUAUAGCCAAGGCUAUGGAACAAACACUGCAGCUUUGAGCACUGCUUUGUUCAAUAGUGGAUUAAGCUGUGGAGCAUGUUUUGAGAUAAAGUGUGUUAAUGAUCAAAGAUGGUGUCUUCCAAAUUCAAUUGUUGUCACUGCAACAAAUUUUUGUCCACCAAAUAAUGCACUCCCAAAUAAUGCAGGUGGAUGGUGUAACCCUCCCCUUCACCAUUUUGAUCUCUCUCAACCUGUUUUCCAACAAAUUGCUCAAUACAAAGCUGGAAUUGUUCCUGUUGCUUACAGAAGGGUUUCAUGCCAAAAGAAAGGAGGCAUAAGAUUCACAAUCAAUGGUCAUUCAUACUUCAACCUAGUACUAAUUACCAACGUUGGAGGUGCUGGUGAUGUAACUGCAGUUUCCAUCAAAGGUUCAAAAACUAAUUGGGAACCAAUGUCAAGAAAUUGGGGUCAAAAUUGGCAAAGCAACUCUAACCUUGAUGGGCAAUGUCUCUCUUUUAAGGUCACUUCGAGUGAUGGUCGCACCGUGGUCGCGAAUGAUGUUGUGCCAGAAGGAUGGUCUUUUGGCCAGACGUUCUCCGGCGUUCAAUUCUGAUGGAAUUCGAUGCAUUAGUUUUGAUUCGAUGGCAUCUAAGGAUACGUAGUUAAAAUAUUAUCAAACCAAUAAUACUUUUUUAUUGGGUGUGUUGGGUAGUUAAAAUUAAGAAAUUAUAGGAAAAAAUAUAAUAGAAAAAUAUAUCAAAUAAUAUAUUGAUAUAUAGGAGUGAGUUAUAGAGGCAAAUGAGAAGGGCUUAUUUUAAGAUGGUCCUGCCAUUUGAGUUGUGGUAUGAGGCAUUUUAUUGUGUUCUCAAUUAGAAGGCAGAGGUGGAUAUUUGUUUACAAUUUACCACCCGCUAGUUUAUUUUAUUGUAUGGUUUGUAUUAUGUAUCCACCCCAAAUUAAUAAUAAAGAGUAUUAUGUUUUCUAGCUAAGCAAAAGAUAUUAUAAUAAAAUUUUAAAUUUCA